AUGGUGAGAGGGAAGAUAGAGAUAAAAAGAAUUGAGAACCUGACAAGCAGGCAAAUCACUUUCUCCAAGCGUAGGAAAGGUCUCUUGAAGAAAGCUCACGAGCUUUCAGUUCUAUGUGAUGCUCAAGUCGCAGCCAUUGUCUUUUCUCAGAAAGGAAAACUAUACGAUUUCGCUAGCUCCGACAUGAAGAAGAUGAUGGAACAAUGUGAGAUAUAUGAUGAGAGACGCCAAGGAGACAAAGAUGUGCAUGACCUCAAGAACGAAAUCAAUGUAAUGGUGAACAAGAUUGAACUUCUUCAACUUCAUUGCCGAAAGCUUAUGGGGCAAGAUUUAGGUUCUUGUUCGGCGGAGGAGCUCAACGAAAUAACGAUCCAGAUUGAGAAAAGCCUUACUCUUGUCAGAUCAAGAAAGAUUACAGGAGCGAGAGAGCUCUUGAACGAGAGAACUACGCUGCACGAAAUGUUUGAAGAAAAGUCCUUGUGGAUGCAGUCGCGAAGCCUGGAGAGUGAGAAGAAUGCAUCUUCCACUGCUUGUGAAAACAUGAACAUAUCAGACGUCGAAACUGAUUUGUCCAUCGGAUUGCCUAGCCAAGUGUAG